UGUUGAUGUGUCACUUGCCAAAAAAUAUUUUUAUUUAAAUAUAAUGUAGAGUCCUUAAAAACCAAACAGUUUUAAUAUUUUAUUGUAACGAAUGCCCAAAAAUGGAAAACGCCGCAGACCAGAACAAGAAGGGCAUGUUUGAAGACAUGUCCAAAGAUGAACUAAUCAAAAAAUGUAAGGGCUAUUUAACAAUUGCACAAAAAGCGAAAUCAGCAAAGGAUUCUUUAGUUGAAGAAAAUAACGCUUUGAAAGCACAGCUUCAGAAGGUUGAUGUGAAAGUGCAGGAUGCCUCCCAAGAACUUAUUGAUAACCUUACCCAACAGAAGCUAACACUGAUAACUUCCAUUGAAGAACUGAAACAGAAAAAUCAACAUUUAGAAAACAAUCUUAAGCAAUAUGAGGAUAGUGCACAAAAACUUGAUCAGUAUGAAACUGAAAAUGUGGCUUUAAAGAGGCAAAAUGUGAGGUUAACCAAGGAGAAUGAACAGCUACUUACAGAUCUAGAGUCACUUGAAAAACAGAUAGAACAACUGAAGCAGUUGGGUAUGGUGCAGCAAACUCAACUCCUGGAAUUGGAAAAGAAUAAAACAUUAAUUGAAGAAAAGGGCAUUGUUGAUGCCAAAAUGUCAGAGCUGCAAAGUAUGUUAAGUAUUAGUUUGGAGGAAAUUAAAAAAUUGCAUGCAGAAAAUAAAGUUGCUUUAGAAAAGGUUGAUAACUUAAAAUUAAAUUUAUCUGAAAAGGAUAAUAAUAUACUAACCAUUAGUAAAGAAUUGCAAACUAAAUGUGAUAUUGUUAAGGCUUUAACAGAAGAAUUGAAUACAUUAAAAGAGUAUAAAGUGGAAACUAGUAAUAUUGUGGAAAGUUAUAAUAAGUUAAAAUUAGAGUAUACAGAAUUAACUGAAAGUAUUAAAAGUAAGGACAGUGUAAACCUAACAGACAGCGAUAACUUACAAGAAUUAAAUAAUAAACUUAAAGAAAAAGUUAAGUUAUACCAUUCCAAACUUGUUAAAUUUGCUGGACAAGUAAAGGCUUUAAAAACUGAUAAAAAGGAUAUAUUAAAUCUAUUCAUGAAGUACACAAAUCAAGUGAAAAUUUGGCAAGAACAAUUGAAUAUUGUUGCGACAAAACUAGCAGAAGUUGAGACAGCAUUGCUUCAAGAAAAAGAGGAAGCAUCCAAGGAAAACAUGAGACUCUCCAGUGAAUUAGAAAAACUACAAGUUACCUACAAUGAAAGUAAAAAACAUCAUGAAACUGAGCUUAAGAAUGAGAAAGAAAUGUUCAACAGUAAACUUAAGGAAUAUCAAGAUUUAAUUAAAAGUAAUCAAGAAAAACCAGAUAUAUCAGAAGAUGCAUUAACUGAAUUGAAGGUAUCACAUGAAAAACUAGAAUCAGAAAAGCAGACAUUAAUUUCAGAGCUGGAAAAAUUAAAAGAUGACAAUAAAAAAAUUCAGGAAGUAAACCUGAAUGAAAUUUCUCAAUUGAAGGAAGUAAUUCAAAGCCUGGAAUUGGAGUUGGAGCAUUCCAAGCAAACUGAGGCUCAACUUGCUGAAAAAUCUAGUGAGGAAAUCCUAAAACUGGUACAAGAAAACAAAGAUCUGCUUUCCACCAACACAAGAAUUCAGGAAGAACUGGACAUUAUUAAUAGAAUAAGAUCACAAAAUCAAGAUCAAGAAACCCAAACUGACGCUGAACCGUUGCCUUCAAACGAAUAUGAAGAACAGAUUCAACACCUCAAGAGGGAAAAUAGUGAGUUGUUAAGGGAAAUGAAUGAAAUGAACCAAGUUUUAAAGGAGAGAGGGGAGUCGAUUUCCAAACUGGAGGCCCAUUGUGAAGAAAUACUCAAGAAACUGCAAGUUUAUGAGACCCAGGCUAACAAAAAUGUGGACAAUAUUUCCCAAAAGGAUGAGCUAAUACAGAAAUUGACAAAAGAGAUUGAAGAUUUAAAGAAUAAUGGCAAUUCUAGCCCAGAAAGUGAUACAGUUACAGCUCUUAAGAAUGAAAUAGAGCACUUAAAGGAAAAGAUCAACGCGAACAUGGACACAAGUUAUGCUGAAAGUGAAACAAUGUCUACAAGUACCAUCUCCAGAACAGAUGAAGCAAAUAGAUUGAAAGACUUGGAGGGCUCCUGGGAAGAAAGAUAUGGCAAAUUAAGGAAUUUGGCCCUUAAACUCAAGGGAAGGGUGAGGGAAUUAACCGGCGUUGUUGCUAAAGAACAACAAGAAAAGGAGGAACUACAGCAAAAACUGGCACAAAAUAUGAAAACAAUUCAGACUCUUCAGAACCAAAUAGAUGAUCUCCAGGACAAGCUGGAAAUCAACAAGAAGCAAGCCAAUCAGUAUGCAGAAAGAUUAAACAGUAUUGCUACAGAUAUAUCAAAGGAUAAACAACAACUAGUGAGGAAUGAAGAGACUAUCUCCAAGUUAAGGCAAGAAAUAGAACAGCACAAAACCGAAAAACAAACAACUGAGCAAUGGAAGCUGGAAGUAAGUGCCAAAGUGAAGACGCUCAGGAAAGAAAUAGAAGCCAACACUUUACUGAAAAAGGACUUCGAAGCCAGAAUAGCGAAACUGAACAGCGACUUAGAAGCCAAGGAAGUCCAACUGAAAAACGAAAUUGAAAGUCACAGGCAGACCAAAAAUCAACUGGACCAAUCAAACAACGAAUGCAGGAAAAAUUCCGUGCUGAAUUUGGAGAUGCAGGAUUAUGAGCGGAGCGUUAAAGAUCUGUCGCAGAAGAUCGACAAAAAGCAAGAGCAGAUAACUAAACUGAAGAGUCAGGUGGAAACGCAGAAAAGCACGAUCAGUGCCUUGAGGGAGCAGAAUAAGAUUCUAGAGGAGAAGGUUCAAAACGAGGAAAGCACGUUGUCCAGCGCUUCGACUGAAAUCUUGUCGUACAAGAAGAAAAUAUCCGAGCUGGAGAACCUGGUUCAACAAAAGGAGGAGAAGGUGCACAGCGUGACGGAUCUUCUGGAGUCGUCCAGGUCGGAGAACGAGGAACUGGCAACGGAACUGUCCAAGGUGAUCGCCGAACAUCAGAAAGCAGCCAACGCUGCCAAGAACGAAAAAGACCACUUGAGGAGUCAACUACUAGGUCUGCAGCAAAGCUUGAGGCAAACUCAAGACAGUUUGAAGCUGAAAGAGGACGAGCUGAAGUCCACGAACGCUGAAUACGAAAGCUACAAAGUACGAGCCCAAAGUGUCCUUAGACAAAACCAAAACAGGGAUGUCGGCCUUGAGGAAAAACUCAGCGAGGAAGUGACCACCCUUAAAUCGCAGAAUGAUUUGUUAAAUUCGCAGCUGAAGGAACUAACAGAUAAGGCGGCGAAUUUGGAGAAGACGUGCGAAAAACUGACGGGCGAAAAGGAGAACAUGUUGAAGAAAUACCAAGAUUCUGAAGCUGAAGUUGAGGACCUUAAGAACCAGUUCGCCCAGUUAUCCAACAAACACCAGAAAACGCUGGGUGAACACGCUGAAACCGUCCGUAGUCUCAAGGUACACGCAGAGACCCUAAGUCAGUGCUAUCGCCAGCAAAUCUCGGAGCAGGAAACGCGCCACAACCGCGAGAUCGUGGAGCUCCAGAGCAAGCUGGAGAAGACGCCGGUGGCGGAGCCGCCUUUGCCGCCGCCCCCCACGAUGCCCCGCGAGGAGGGCGAGGGCUCCGAAAGCAUAGAGGGCACGAGCACGCCCAACGUGCAGCAUCCCGUGCCGCUGGAACGGCUGCUGGGCGCCGACGUGGACCACGAGGUGCUGGGACUGAAGAAACAGUUGUCGGAGCAGGAGUCGAGGCUGGUUUACUUGACGGCGUUGCUGGCCGACACGGAGCAGGAUCUGGCGAAGCACGUGCAGAUGAACAAGAUGCUGAAGGAGGAGAUUAGGCGGCAGCAGCGGUCGGUCGAGAGGGAAAAGCACGCCGAAAAUCUGGAGUAUUUAAAGAAUGUCGUGUUCAAGUUCGUAACGUUGAACAGCGGCGACGAACGAUCCCGCCUCGUGCCAGUAUUAAACACAAUAUUGAAGCUGAGCCCGGAAGAGACUCAGAAGCUGAGCACCGUGGCCAGAGGAGAGCCGGGCCUGCGAGGAUGGUCGAAUUAUCUUCCGACAUGGUCGUCACCGGCCAAACCCCAAUAAUUUUAAUAUCGUUAUUGUACAUAUUCCUAUAUAAGUUAAUAAAUUAUCAUUAUUUAACAA